UGUUCAUCAUGUCUGUUAAUGUUCCUGGGGGCCACUGGUUCAAAGUAUUCUAGCUAAGCAAGGAGGUUACACGUGAAACUACAUGUGCCAUAAUGCUUCGCUUCCAAGAUGACCAAAUACAGACGGACCCAGCGCUUUGACAGAUCGAAGUCCGGAGGAAAAGUUCCUGUCAAGUUUUGCCGACAAACGACCUUGAAGAACUUGGAUAAAAGCAAAUGCCCAGGACACCACACUGGAUGAGGGCUAAAGGUAGCUGACAGGAGAAGCAGCAGCUGUAGAGGCCAUUGGUUUUUGACUCGGGCUCACUCACUCUCAAGGAGAGACUGUCCUAGCAACUGCACCUGCGUCCAAUCAAUGCAAGGAUACUCCUAGCAGCACGACCAGCCCUGGUACCAGAUGUGCGAUCAGCCUGCUGUUUCUCCCUGAUCCACCAGGGGGCCUCAGUCCCUCACAGGGACCAGCCCUGAGUCCUCCACCCUCACCCUGAACACCCCGGCCCCAGUCAAGCUGUCCCACUCUCAUCCCUCUCCCUCUCCUCCUCAUCUCUUCUUCUGGCCCCCACAUUCCUCACUGGACCCCCUGUCGACCCUCUCCCUUUAUGGGGGGCAGGGGGAGGCGUCUGGGGGCCUCGAUGCAGAGACCCUGCCCCUAUAUGAGGGCCUUAAAAUGGAGUGCGACCUCCUGGAAAGAGUGGAUAGGGGAAGCCAUGAUGUGUCCACCCUCACAGAACUUUGUUCAGGUGGCGACAGUGAGGUGGAGAUAGUGAGCCUGCUGUCUGAGGGACUGCCUAACUACACUCUGCGGGCGGACUGCAUGUUUGGCUACGACCACGACGACUGGCUCCACACCCCUCUGCUGCCCCCGGAGGUCGCCCUGGGACUCACGCACGAUCAGAUAGAAGAGACGCUCAAGUACUUCUUGCUGUGUUCAGAGAGAGUGGGCCAGGUCACUAAGACGUACCAUGACAUCGAGGCUGUCACCCACCUACUGGAAGAGAAAGAGCGGGACCUCGAGUUGGCGGCCCGGAUCGGCCAAUCACUGCUCAAGCAGAAUCGGGAUCUAACGGCACGGAAUGAGUUAAUGGACGAACAGCUGGAGAUCGCUACAGAAGAGAUAGCCCAGCUGCGACAUGAGCUCUCCAUGAGAGACGACCUGCUCCACUUGUACGCCAGCACAGAGGAGAUCGAGAACGCCUCCGACUCACACACACUAAUGAAGAGGAACGAGUCGUCUAACUCCCUCAGUAACUUUGUCAAUUAUGACUUCAUACAGCAGAAACUCAAAGGUCUGGAGGAGGAGAACCUCAAACUGCGCUGUGAGGCCAAUGAACUGACGUCAGAGACCGCUAACUAUGAGGAACAAGAGCAGGAGCUGAUGAUGGUGUGUGUGGAGGAACUCACCUCUGUGAAUAAGCAGGUGGUGGACCUGUCUGAUGAGUUGGCCCGUAAGGUGGAGGACACUCUCCGGCAGCAGGAGGAGAUCAGCUCCCUGCUCGCGCAAAUAGUCGACCUGCAGGCACGCUGCAAAGCGCUCACCACUGACAAUGAAGAGCUGACCCAGCACCUGAGUGCCUCGCGGGAGAGCCAAUCACAGCUCAAAUCAGAGCUAAACUACCUGCAGGACAAGUACUCGGAGUGUGAGGACAUGCUACGGGAGGCCAGAGAGGACAUUAAGAACCUGCGCAACAAGAGCCUGCCCAACAGCACGGUGCAGCGCUACAGCGCCCUAUCAGCCGUGUUCCCCAUGGACUCCCUGGCAGCGGAGAUUGAGGGCACCUUCCGCAAGGGCCUGGACGUCCCCGCUCCUACCGAGUACAAGAACCACCCGUGGCGCGUGUUUGAGACUGUGAAGGUGGUGAAACAAGCGUCAAGGCUGCGUUCGCGGUGCCACUCCCCCGGCCAGGUGCCCGGCUCCAGCCCUGUGUCGCUGCUCUCCAGCUGCGCCUCCACCCCUCGUACCAGCUACUACGGCUCAGACAGCGCCAGCCUCACCUUGGAGGACAAACCACCUAGUGCCGUGUCGAGACUGGCAGAGGUGGCACACACUGAGGACAACAGUGUGAUUGGCCGUAAGCGUCUGGGUAUGCCGGGCAUGCCUGGAGGCCAGGACCUUGCGGCCGCGCUCCGCUGUUUAUCUGACCGCCAGCAGAGCCAUGCCUCAGAGCGCCCCUUCUUUGAGGUGGAGCGUGAACGCAAACUCCGCGCCCUGGCCACCGCCUGUCAGGGGUGCAGCGAGGAGGGUGAGGAGGUGGGCGAGCUGGGCUCCAGUGGGUUCCUUACGCCCAACGACAGCCUGGUGUCCAGCUCGGGGGCGUCGACAAGCACCAACUACUCCAAUGGCAGCUCAUUGCACUCCUCGGCUGGAUCGGGGGGCUCACGCUCCUACCUACCCGAUCGCCUGCAGAUUGUCAAGCCCUUGGAAGGCUCAGUGACCCUGCACCACUGGCAGCAGCUGGCCAAGCCCAACCUGGGUGGUAUCCUGCAUCCUCGCCCGGGGGUCCUCACCAAAGACUUCCGGGAGCUGGAGAUCGACCUCCAACACGUCUACAGCCUCAAUGACCUUGAGGAGGAUGACCCUGACCUAUCACAGCUCUCCCACAACCUGGCUGCCGGAGCCCACGGCACCAUGGUCACUCCAUCCUCCGGCCCCAACCUCCCCCAGACCCCUCCCACCCACACCGUCACCACCUGUCGGCGCCACCACCCCUCCCUCCUGCUCCCCUCCUUCUCCACCAGUGGUAGGAAACGCUGGUCCAAGCACUUUCUCCAGCUCUAAAGUGGGCUUCCUAGGCAAACCUUUGCUCUCGCAGCCUGUCCGCUUGUUGGAGCUGUGAGCAUCUGAGCACCACGUUGCCCUCCUCCUCCAAUCAGCAGCACUGUGUGCCGACCUUUGACCCUAGCCAGGGUGGUGGCGGCGGCCACCACUCCACCUCCACCACAGCACCUCCACUAUCACUGGGACUCCUGAGGCUGCUGGAGGAGCAGGGCAUCUCUGCCUCCACCCUCCCCUACCCUUACCACCAACUGACCCCACACACACCCCACACACGCCCCACAACGGCAGAGGAAGAGCAGGGUGGAGGAACUUGCACUAUGGAGGAAGAAGGGAGAAGGAACAUUUUCAGCUUCAACCUGGUAGAGAAGCUGAGGCGUCUGGGACUUCACAAGGUGGCAGACCGAGGCGUGGUGGACUGAAGAGAGAACGGAGAAGAGAGAGAAGCAAUCAGGCAUUACAGACAUCGUCUGAGAAAGACUGAGAACUCCUUCUCCCCUUCCUCCUUAAUCGUCAUUGACUUCAAUCCAUAUACUGACUAUGCACCGUACCGCCAUUUUGUGUUUUGGGCCCACAGCAAUACAUCGUAAAAUGGAACCUCAGGAGAACCAUAGAGCCAUACUUUGAGUUUCUGUUACGUGUAUAGUCACUCUUCUGUUUGUAAUGGACUCAUGUAUUGUAGAUACUAGGUCUCCACGACAAUGUGUGACAUCAUGAUCAUUCUCAGGAGAGUCACCUGAUCACUGGUCCGGCUGGCUUGAACACGCGCAAGGUUGUCUUUUUUUUUCAAUAUAAAAUUAAAAGAUGAGGAACAUCACAAAGAAAAACAUGCGUUUCUUUUUUAUACCUGUGUUUCGUGGGUGUCGGAUGGUUUUACACGGUAUGAAAGAAAGAGAAGGCUUCUCGUGGUGUUUAUUUUAUUUUUUUAUUUUUGAAAGACCCCCACCACUAUGCUUUUUUAAUAUAUUUUUUUCCCAUUAAAUACAAUCACAUGACCUUUUCAUUACUUUGGGAAAGGUUCAAGGUAUUGUUAUUUAAGAACCACCAAGCUGACCACAGUUUGUCACACUUAAAACACCCAAGAUGCACUGGAAUUCAGUAUGUCCUUUUGCAUAUUAGCUGCUAUUAGAAAAUGAAGCAUUUGUGGGAAUUAACCACAUUCACUUUACUGUGGUAAAACUACACUUCAAUCACUCCCCAUUACAGAAUGGUAGAGAGAUUGAUACACUGACUGAACUUCCUGAAAGUUUCGGACAUUAUUGACAUUUGCUGAGGUAUACUAAUCUGCUCUUUACCCAAAAGUCCUCAUUUAGCACUCGUGGUACUGUGCGUUUGCAUGGCAUCACACAUCACCUGCUGCAAGUCACUGUAUAAUGCUUUACUUCGAAAUGCUGCCAAUUAUGUCAGUCAUUGUAAACUUGUUUAUUUAGUCGUACCUCACCAAAACCAUUCAGGUAGUCUACCAUGCUGUAUCAAAGACACCUGAAAGUGACUGUAAAAGGUCUCGGCACUAGUCUAUUGUGCCGGAUCUGUGUUAACAGACCUUAAACUAAAGUGUUGUUGGGACAAAUGUAAUUCAUGUUAUCAGGAAUAAUGAAAGUGAGCUGUACGAAAUUGUUUAGAUCAAGUGAUCAUGGACUGCAUGCUUUUUUGGGAUUCUCCUUCGGGUGUCGGGACAAUCAACUGUAGAUAAAAGGCGUAUGAUACUGCAGAUCAAAAGGGGAAAUGAUAGCAAUUAUGACCAUUUGAAUUCAGAAGAAAAUGAACCAAACGGCACUACAUAUAUUUCAGAUGUUCAAAUUGACUACUCUUUGCGGAAUUUUAUGUUAUGAUCACUGAGAUGCAUGUCUGUAUAAAUUGUACCGCCUGUACAUUAAAACGUACAUUUGUAUUUCCAUCAGCCA